AUGGGUGAUAAGACUUGUGGAUAUUGGAUUAUGCAUUACAUGAGGGAUAUAGUGGAGGAUAAAAACCAAGAGUGGAGUGCUAAGAUGGAUAGGUCAUGGGUGCAUGCUGAUAGGAGAUCUCAUGAAUAUAAGUUAGGGGUGGCAGAGUUUUGUCAGUUUGCUUUGGGAAAUGCUAGAGACCCUAACCGUAUUUGUUGUCCUUGCACAAAGUGUGCAAAUGUGAAAGAUUUUUCUGCACAAGUGAUAAAGGAUCACUUGUUUGUAAAUGGGAUUGACACAGAUUAUGUGAAAUGGACAGAACAUGGGGAGGUUGUAGUGGAGUCGGGAUCAUAUAAGGAUAGUGAAAGUCUUGAAUCAGAGCCAAUUGAAUCUGACUCUGUACAGGGUAACAUGAGGGCAGAUUAUGAAGUAGAAUUAGAUAGUGAUGUGGAGUUGGAAGGUGAUGAGGAUGAGGAGCUUUCGAGUGAGUGUAAUGAAUUCAAGAAAUUUGUUGACGAUGCCAACAAACCCUUGUACCCUGGUUGCAAUAGGCACACCAAGAUGAAUGUGCUUGUGAGGCUUUACAACUUGAAAGCCAAGCAUGGGAUGAGUGAUUCGGCUUACUCGGACUGGUUGAUUGCCUUUGCUGAGUAUCUGCCGGAAGGAAACGAGAUACCUUCCUCUGUGUACGAAGCAAAGAAGAGUUUGAGUGCAUUAGGAAUGGAUUACACCAAAAUACAUGCAUGCCCUAAUGACUGUAUUCUGUACAGAAAACAAUAUGCCGAUGACACUAUUUGUCCUACAUGUGGUACAUCUAGGUGGAAAAAAUGCAAAAACAAGAAAGAAAGAGAGGGAGUCCCUGCAAAAGUGUUAUGGUAUUUCCCUCCUAUUCCUAGGUUCAAAAGAAUGUUUCAAUCAACUGAAACAUCAAAGGCCUUAACUUGGCAUGCCACCGAGAGAAACAAGGAUGGCUUAAUUCGCCAUCCUGCAGAUUCUGCGGCUUGGAAGUUGGUAGAUGAAAAAUGGGCAGAUUUUGGUAAUGAGCCACGAAACCUACGACUUGCAUUGUCAACGGAUGGGUUCAAUCCCUUUAGCUCCUUAAGCAGCAAGUAUAGUUGUUGGCCCGUUAUUUUGGUAACCUAUAAUCUACCUCCAUGGUUGGUAAUGAAGAGGAAACACAUGAUGCUUACCUUAUUGAUAUCGGGCCCUAAACAACCAGGAAACGACAUCGAUGUUUACCUUGAACCAUUAAUAGAUGACUUAAAGCUGCUAUGGGAAGGGGUGAAUGGAGUUUACGAUGCCAUCAAAAAUGAAACUUUUACUCUUAGGGCUCUACUAUUCUGGACAAUCAAUGAUUUUCCAGCGUAUGGUAACCUUUCAGGGAGUAUAGUGAAAGGCUACAAUGCAUGUCCGAUUUGCCUUGAUAAAACAAAACCUACAAGGCUAGUUCACGGGGGAAAGAUGGCCUACACCAUUCAUCGGCGAUUUUUAGGAAGACACCAUCCUUACCGAAAGCUAAGGGCUGCUUUCAAUAACCAGCCAGAACAUGUAGCAGCUCCAGUGCCAUUGACUGGAGAAGAAUUGUUGAGCAGGGUGGAGGCUGAAGUUCCACAUUGGCCGUUUGGAAAAAAAAAACCUGCUCCUGCUUAUAGGGGGGCUAAGGAUGAAACUAGGCCAUGUUGGAAGAAGAAGUCGAUAUUCUUUGAGCUUGAAUAUUGGAAGUAUCUCCCUGUUAGGCACUGCCUUGAUGUCAUGCACAUUGAAAAAAAUGUGUGUGAUAGUCUAAUAGGGACGUUGUUGAACAUUCCAGGAAAAACCAAAGACGGUUUGAAAACUCGUUUGGACUUGGCGGAAAUGGGUAUAAGAUGUGGAUUGCACCCAAAUGUAGAUGGUCCGAAAAAGAAGCGCUUGCCAUUGGCAAGCUGGAACCUAACAUUAGAUGAAAAAAGAUGUAUGUGUGGAUCAUUUCAUGGCAUGAAGGUUCCUGAAAACUACUCUUCAAACAUUUCAAACCUUGUUUCAAUGGAUGAUUUGAGGCUGAUUGGACUUAAAUCCCAUGAUUGUCAUGCGUUAAUGCAACAGCUGCUCCCAAUUGCUAUCCGAGGGGUGUUGGAAAAACCGGUCAGGGUUGCAGUAAUCAGGCUUGGCCUUUUUUUUAAUGAAAUUUGCAGCAAGACUAUAGAUGCUUCAAGGCUUCCCAAAAUCCAAAGUGAUCUGGUCGAAACUUUGUGUGAGCUUGAGAAGUACUUUCCGCCAUCUUUCUUUGACAUAAUGAUUCAUUUAACAGUCCACUUGGUUAGAGAAGUUGCGCUAUGUGGACCGGUUUGCUUCCGAUGGAUGUAUCCUUUCGAAAGAUAUAUGAAGGUCUGCAAGGGCUAUGUUAGGAAUAAAACGCAUCCGGAAGGGUGCAUUGCUGAGUGUUACAUAGCUGAAGAGGCGCUUGAGUUUUUAGGUGAACUUUUCUUUGAUGAUAGGACUGUUGGCAUCCCAAAAGAAAACAUCACAGCUGACAAGCCUACCUCUGGUGCAACUGUUGAGUCUGUUUAUGGCAAAGAAUUUCAGCAAGCUCAUCUCUGCGUGCUUCAAAACACUGAAGAAUUUAGAAGCUACUUUUUGGAACACACGAAACAGUUGAAGAGGGAGUUCCCCAAGUACAAAAAGAAUAAAAAGUGGUUGGUGGACAAACAAAACAUGACUUUUGCUCAGUGGGUGAAGGAGAGGGUUGAAUCAAAGGUUGCUGAACCAGGUUGUGAUGUCCCUGAGAUUGUGAGGUGGCUAGCAGAUCAACCAAGCCAUGAAGUCCCGAAGUUUAGUGGUUACCGAAUAGGGGGAGUGCAAUAUAACACUAAGGUGCGCGAUGAUCUUAGGUCAACACAAAGCAGUGGGGUUUAUUUGGUUGCUAAGACUCCUCAAGUAGCUAGUGCUAAGGAUAAAAACCCUAUUACUGAAGACAUGAGCUUCUAUGGGGUGAUUACCGAAAUAUGGGAGCUUGACUAUGGUCAUUUUAGGGUUCCUAUUUUUAAGUGUGAUUGGGUAGAGAAUGAGAAGGGUGUUAGAGAAGAUGAUCUUGGGUUCACUUUAGUUAAUUUAAAUAGGAAAGGUUAUCUAAAUGACUGUUUUGUUUUGGGAAAAAGUGUGGAGCAAAUAUUUUAUGUUGAAGACCCUGUAGAUCGUAGGUGGGCAGUUGUGGUGAGAGAUCCAAAAAGAGAUUACAUUGAUUCUGUUCAGGAGGAUGAUGUUGGGGACACCAUUCUUUCCCACCCCCCCAUCGCAACUACAAUGCCAGCUAUUCAGUCACAUGAUAACUCUCAAGAUGAGGAGCCAAUGGGUUAUAGGCGUGCAGGGAAUGAGGAUAUAGUAGUUGAGGGAGAGUAG